AUGCCCGUUUCCGAGUUGUUGCCAAAUCCACAUUCGCUUCUAGGGAAUGAAUCAAAGCCAUUCAUACAAUCCGGCCCUCCGCCGCUCAUUACCAAGACUCCUAUCCCAGUGAAGAAAGUCAAGCCCGGCAAGGAAGGUAGAGGGAAGGCUUUCAAACAGAUUGUAGCAGCGUUUGUAGCUAACUUGGGUACCAUUAAUACGGGUAUGGCCUUUGGGUUCUCAGCCACAGCACUACCUCAGUUAAAGAGUGAAACGUCAAGUUUACAUGUGACAGAAAAUGAAGCUAGUUGGAUUGCCAGUUUAAGUUCUGCGGGCACUCCUAUCGGUUGUAUCCUGAGUGGUUAUCUUAUGGAUGCUAUCGGUAGACGAAAAACACUCAUCUUCUCAGAGGUGCCUCUCAUCAUUGGAUGGAUUCUAGUCGCAUCGGCUGUAAACGUGCCAAUGAUGUAUGUAGGUAGACUAUUAAUAGGCCUGGGAUCUGGAAUGGUGGGUGCUCCAGCUCGAGUGUACACAUGUGAAGUAUCCCAGCCUCAUCUUCGAGGGAUGCUGGGAGCGCUAGCCUCUGUCGGCGUUUCUACUGGCGUUCUCAUACAGUACGUUAUAGGCAGUAUAACAACAUGGAAUGUAUUAGCUGGUGUGAGCGCUAUAGUUCCUAUAGUGUCUUUGUUGGGAAUGAUUCUACUACCGGAGACGCCCAACUAUCUUUUGACCCAGGACAAAAAGGACAAGGCUGAGAGCUCGUUGGCUAAGUUGAGAGGAUCGACUUGUAACUUGCAAGAGGAGAUAGACAAGAUGAUUACGUUUAAAGAGAAAAAUCAUGUUGAACCUUUAAAAACCUCCAAGGAGAUAAUAAAGGCUAUUCUAUCUCCUUCCGCUCUGAAGCCGUUCGGCAUCCUCGCCUUGUAUUUCUUCAUAUAUCAAUGGUGCGGUGUCAACACCAUCACCUUCUACGCUAUUGAAGUUUUUGAGGCGUCAGGCGCGUCGUUGGACAAGUAUUAUCUAACGAUAUCAAUGGGUAUACUGCGUGUAGUGUUCACUGUAGUCGGUUGUAUUCUGUGUAGGAGAUGUGGUAGACGACCACUUACAUUCGUAUCUGCGUUCGGUUGCGGCUCCACAAUGAUAACCCUAUCAGUGUACAUGUACUACGUCCAGUACUGGAACAACAACAACAUUCCCCCACAACACUCGUGGAUACCGAUCGCUGCCAUUUACCUGUUCACGGUGUUCUGUACCCUGGGUUACCUGAUCGUACCCUGGAUUAUGAUAGGCGAAGUUUACCCUACACAGGUCCGCGGUAUCAUCGGUGGUAUGACCACAUGCGCCGCUCACUUGUCAAUCUUCACGGUGGUCAAGACCUUUCCUUACCUCAAACACGCGCUCUACGACUACGGAACAUUCGGACUGUAUGGAGCGAUGUCUAUAGCUGGUAUGGUAUUCUUCUACUUUUUCUUACCUGAAACAAAAGGAAGGACGCUACAAGAAAUAGAAGAUUACUUCAGCGGUAGAACGAAAACACUCAAGAAAGUUAACACACAGACUGAGACCGCGUGA